AUGCCUCAACAAAAAACACGUACUAACACGACUUUAGCAUGUAUAAAUUGUCAAUGGAGACAUGGAAGAUGCGAAAGACUUUCUGGGGAGGACAUCUGUACAAGCUGUAAAAAACACAAUCGACUCUGUGUCUUUAUUCCUGGUAAUAAACAUGAACCAAAGUCACGCAGACAAAAUCCUGGGUUUGCAAACCCUCAGCCUUUUUCAAAUAUUAACACUUGUAUACCUAGUAUUGAAAAUAUUAGUAAUAGCUUACACCCAGUAUCAAGAGCACCUUACAUUCAGCAUCAACUUAUGCCCGAUGUCGAGAGCUAUUCAUACCUGAUACCAUAA